AUGCCGGGCCUCCGGGAGCGCGGCGCCCCCCAGAGGCUGUGCAUGGGUCUGGCCUGCAUCCUGUGCCUCUGGAACACAGUGGCUGCUGUGAAAAGAGAAACCAAGGAGGAAACAGUCCCAGCCUUCCCACUGACGACAGAGCUGCCUGCGAGGGCGGUGGACCUGUCCGCCCUGAACCUGACGGAGCUGGUGAAUGACAUGCUGAGCAGAGCCUUAAAAGAUAGCAGGAAGUUCUUCUCCUUGCUCAGCAUCACGUCCUACAGCUCCUUCGCCUUCCACAAGCUGUCCGUGGCUGUGUACAACAUUUCCAACCUGAAGAUGGUGGACCAGGCCAAGUUCCCCACGCGGUACUGCUACUGCUUAAGCAAUCGGACCAAUGACCUGUCAGAUUUCACAGCCCUCCUGGUGGACAUCAUUGGGAAUUCCACCAGCUACCUCACAGAGAUUUUUAAGUCCACCUCUAUCCUCUCAGUGAGCCAGACCAACGCGUCCGACUGCAUCUUCAUCUGCGUGAUGACGGGGAAGGCAGGACGGAACCUUUCGGACUUCUGGGAGUUGGCGGAGAAAUCUCCGGUCAUCACUUACACCUUCACCAGCAGCCUGGCCGCUGCUCCGGCCCCCAGGGGGACAGCCGCGGCUUCGAAGCUCACACCCACAGGCCAGCAGACACCGCCACGGACAAGCCCUCCACGCACAGCCCGGGGCACCAGCUUGCCCGCUCUGAGCGCCUCUCCCUGGGCCGAGGUGCCUGAGCCUUCGGAGCAAGAGCAGGCGGUGACCACAGUCAGGCUUUCUGAGCUCCUCGCCAAGGCCACGGCCACGGCCACGGCCACAGCCACAGCCAAACCGGGCAGCGUCUCUCCCACCCUCCCAGGCUCAGCGACCAGGAGGGCAGCGGGCACUCCAUGGGUGACAGACGGCGGGCUGGCCUGGGCAUCCACACAGCCUGUGCCCCGGGCUCCGACCACCGGCGAGGACACCCCUGGAGGGCCGCCCUGGGAAGCGCGCUCCUCCGCAGCGACAUCGCCCGCAGAGGCCAAGGUCACAGGGACCACGGGAACCACGGGGACCACAGGGACCACGGGGAGCCUUUGGGAGCCUCCUGCUGGGACACGCAGCAGCCCUUCCCGGACCAGCCCGACCUCGGGAACACCCACCCCUGGCACACAGACUUCCAGUCCAACCAAGGCCCCGGCUCCCCGGUACCCACACACAGAUGAUAAUCUGCGGCCAUUCCCCGCUGGAGAGGAGCUGGCCCCGGGACCCCACCGCGUUCACGUCUCCAGGUGUCCUCAGCAGGUCCUCAGAGACGGGCCUGUGACAGCGGGGCCCCUCCCCGGGGCUGCCCACAAGCUCACCCCCUGCCUGAUGGAGCUGUGCCGGUUUUUCCAGCAGUGCCUCUGCGCGAGCCCGAGGAGGGACCCCGGGACGGAGGCCAUGAGGUCCUGUCUUGAGUACUAUUCCUGGUUCCUGAAGAAUGCGACCCACAUCUGCCAGAAGGCAAAGAGGCUGUCCCACUCGCCCACCUUAAAACAAAGAUGCCUGGAGCACAUCUGCAAGUCUGUGUGA